ACGACAGUGGAAUACAAGCCUAUAAGGAGUGUGCUGGUGGCGAAUCGCGGUGAGAUAGCGAUCCGCGUCUUCCGAGCAUGUACGGAGUUAGGCAUUCGAUCCGUCGCUAUAUACAGCGAGCAAGAUCGGUUGCAGAUGCACAGACAAAAAGCCGACGAGUCAUACUUAGUUGGUAAAGGUCUUCCACCCGUCGAGGCUUAUCUGAACAUCCCGGAGAUUAUCCGUGUGGCCAAGGAGAAUGACGUCGACGCGGUACAUCCUGGAUAUGGUCUUCUUUCAGAAAGGUCAGAUUUCGCACAUGCCAUCAUUGACGCGGGGCUGCGAUUCAUCGGUCCUUCCCCGAAGGUGGUACAACAAAUGGGUGACAAGGUCGCCGCGAGGAAAGCCGCCAUCGAAGCUAGUAUGUCAUUAAUCUCUGGAAAAUAAAAUAAUAUAAUAAAU